GGGCGGUUUUCCCAGAGCAAAGAGUGAAGCAGUACUGAGUUGGCGUCAGCUCCCUCAGAUAUAGACAUUGCUGCCUGACCGGCCUGCCCCGGCCAGCUUGAGCCCAAGGGCUGUGUCGGGCACUGUGCUCCCGCCCGGGUGUGGCAUGUCACAGAGGGAGGCCAGAGGGGCACCAGCCAUGCCAGGAGUAGGGCAUAGCCCAGCUCAGGCCAAGUGGCAGUUGCGAGCAGGCACUGACAGGAAGAGGGGCCGCCUGAGCAGGACAAGUCAGGACCUGUGGGAAGAGACCAGCUGGAGCACCCAAAGGUGGAGCAGAGCUGCCCCUAGCCCACGGGGCGCCAGGGCUAGGAGCCUGGCUCGUGGCAGGAGUGAAGCCAGUCCUGAGAACGCUGCGCGGGAGCGGAGCCGGGUGAGGACGCUGCGCCAGGCCUUCCUGGCCCUGCAGGCCGCUCUGCCUGCUGUGCCGCCUGACACCAAGCUCUCCAAGCUGGACGUGUUGGUGCUGGCCACCAGCUACAUCGCCCACCUCACCCGCAUGCUCGGCCACGAGCUGCCUGGCCCUGCCUGGCCACCCUUUCUGCGCGGACUCUGCUACUUGCACCCUCUCAAGAAGUGGCCGAUGCGAUCUCGCCUCUACGCUGGUGGCCUUGGGUCCCCUGGCCUUGACUCCAGCACAGCCACCACCUCAGGUCAGAGGGCCAAGGAGGCAGAGAUCGGGCUUCCAGACGCUCUCCUUCCCACCUGGACACCCUCACCAGCUCUUGGUGACAAAUGAGCAUCACCCUCGCCCUUUCUCCCAGACUGCGUCUCCAGCUCAGGGACCUGGAUUCUCUGCCGGACCUCAGCUGUCUUCACUCUGACUCUCAAACAUCGCGCCCGGUCAGGCUCAGCAAACAGGUUCCAGCGCGCAGACCAGACAAAGCAGUGGGCCUGUGUGUGGUAGAGAGUAUUGCGGGGUACAACCCUCAUCUUGGCAUCAGCGGGUGACUGCCUGGCGGCAGCUGCAAGGGAAGUGAGGGAGAAGGGGUCUGAAUAGAUUGGCAGUUGAGUUAAGGCUCCACCCCUUGCUUUUCUCCCCUAAGGUUCCCACAAACCCUCCGGAGAUAACAAGACAGACAUUGCUGCUCAGAUGCCAAGGCAGGGGCCGAGGAUGAUGGCCUCCCGGGGGCUGAUGGGAAACCCAGGGAUGAGCUGGGCUUGUGGCAGAGCUGGGCUUGUGGCAGCCGUGAAUGUGACAAGAGCUAUUGCCAGAGGGAAAACUGAAGAAGGGAACAAGCUUUGUUAUUGACCAGGAGAUGCUGCCUCACCCAAAGUCAAAGAGGCAGGGAGGGGCGUAGGAGUCUGGUCCCUGUAUUGUGGUCUCUCCAGCUGCCCCUUGUCACCACAUCUUCUUCCUCUCUGGGCCCUGUCCCCUUCCACGCUUUCUUGAUGAGUUAUAGUUCCAGGUUAAGCCAUAAAGCCUACAUUGCUUGCCUUCCAGUUUCUAGAGAAGCUUUUAGAUCGUCCCAGCUGCCUUGUUUGAAGAUCUUUCCUGCAAGCCGCUCUGCCUGAACUCCCCGCUCCCCAAACACAGGGCUUUGCAUUCUUCAGGCCCCCAGGCCUGAAGGACCUUAAAAGGAGAACACGUUUCUUUUCCAAAGGUUGAUAAUUACAGUCUUCUCUUUCCAUUAUGUUAAAAACCUAACCUCCAGGAAAAACAAACAAGAUAGUUCUGGGUUCAGUGGGGUUUUCAGCAGGAUUUUAGUCAAAAACUUGAUGGGCCCUGGAGUUAUUUCUGCAAUGUCUACAAAUGAGCUCUCCAGGGACAGCUCCUCUGCCCCCCAGAGGCACUGCCCUUCCAGGCUCCCCCUAUGUCCCACAUGGGGUGCCAGAAAUCUGAUAAAGCUGUAGCUUUAUUUUCUGUCCCUCCAGAAAUACUCUAAGGACUAUCAGGCAUCUAUACAUUUUGAAAGUAACUUUCCAGAUCAGGUGUAGCUGAGGUCCAGACAGAGAAGGAAUCACGAUUGUUAAAUUUCAGUGUCUCGGAGUGGGAAGGGAUGGACAGGCCAACUGGAGUCCCACAGGGUACCCUUAGACAGGGCCCCACUGCCCCCAUGAGUAUAAAGGGGGUUCUGGGCAGCUCAGAGUGCCCAGGGUCUGGGUUCUAGCCUGAUGAAGGGCUGUCCCUCCACGGGCUGGCCAGGGCAGCAGAGGAAAAGGGGCUGAGGGGUGACUCAGCAAGCUGCGGUGGAGGCAAAAAAGGAGACACAGAACGUCCCAGCCUCGAGCUGCAUGGGAUGUGGGAGAGCAGCUGGGCUGUGGCUGGAAGCCAUGGGGAGAAGGCCUCGGCCAAGGCUGUACUCGUAAAUCUACCAAGUCUCUGCUGAGGGGCCUGGAGGGCCUGUGCAGAAUUUCUGCUGGGCAGCUGGAUGGGGCCAGGCUAGGGCAGAGACCAGGUGUGGGUGGGCAUGAGCACAGUGUUCUUCCCAAGACCAUAAAAGUCCAACUCAAAUGUUCUAUUUUUAAGUCAACUAGCCUGUCUUCCUGGCCGAGCUCCAGGGUGGUAGGAAGAGGCAGUGAAUUUCCUCCCAGGCUGGUAGAACACAGUCCUUUCCUGGGGAGGAAACAGGGGUGUACUUCGGGAGUCCCCCAGGGCCCAGGAUUUCUGAAACUUCAGUUUAGAGUCUGCUCUGUCCUGCCUUGCUUAGGCGCAAGCCUUGGUCUAGUAAUAGCAGACCCCUCCGGGGUGACCACAUCACUCUGUAGAGAAAACAGAAGGGCAAAGGGAGGGUGAGGUUGGUGGUGGGUAGAAGAAGGGCAGGUGCCACAUUUGUAUGUUUCUAGGACUGCCUUGGGCUUUUUCCAGACAAAGGUGUUUUCCUUGGUGACUAGGACAGUCCCAGGGGGCCCAGGAGAGUCUCCUCCAGCCAGAGAGCACCCCACACAGUCAGACAGGGGGGCCAAAGGGCUGCCAGGGGCCAGGAAGAGCCAAGGCAGAGCAUGAAUGGGAGUAACUAGAGGAAGUACCAGCCCCAAGACUUGCAUCCACAAACGAACCAGAACCAGGAGUAACCCUUCCUGCUCAGCAGCAGGUGCUCACGUGGGAAGGGUUUAUUCCCACAAGGGCUGGGAGCACAAGGUGGACAAAAGGUAGUUGAGACUCAGGUCCAAAGUCAGCUGUCACUCACAGGGCAGAGAGGUACAUGGGAAAGAGGCUCCAAAAGGAAACAGGAGCACAGAUGACAAAAUGACACGAGGUGGCCUGGCUCAGGCGUCGGAGUGCCACAGGAUGGGCCCCAGGAAAAGGGGAGGUUGAGGUUCCAGUUUCCCUGCCCCACCCAAGGGAGGGUGGAGCUGGAGAGGAGACUGGAGAAGGAGGGAAGGAGGAUGGAGAACAAGGAGGAGGCCUGGAGGAGGCACGUGGAGCAGAGAGACAUGGAAAGAAGCUGCAUUUGGUUUUUGGUCCUGGACUGUUUGAAACAGAUGUGGGUGAGAGACCCGUGGGGAGGUUAACAAUGGUGACUUUUCUCUUAAUUUUGAUUUUGCUCUUCUCCUCCCAGACUUAUCUGACUGUUUCUGACCUAUUUUUUUUUUUUUAAGAUGUAUUUUUUGUUUACACAAGUGCUGAGGUACAGGCCAGAUGCUGAGGUACAGGCCAGAUGAGAGGAUUCACCAGAGACAAAGUGGGGAACAGAACAGGCAGACUGACGAAACACACUGCUGAGGGGAGCAGCAGGUAAGACAGGAGAGGUCUGCUGCGCCAAGUGGGAUUCUUGCCGUCCAGCCAGUAUCAAACUUGCGCUGCAGAGGCUGCAAAUAGCUUCACGGUGUGGCGCUCAACCACCCUGCACCACCAGGGAGGCCCUUUCUGACUCUUUUCUAUGGUUCCCCACUGGAAGGUGCUUUAGGCUUGUGGCAGGCUUUCGGGCCUUGCUCUGGGCCAAUUGUUCAGGUGGACUUUUACCAUGGGGGGGAUGGGUAACUUCAGGUGCUUGAUUUGAAAACUAUAUUCUUUGUCUUGUCUGUAUUGCACACUAAUUGUAUUAAAUUUCCUUUCCAUUAAAGGUCUAUAUGUUUUGUGUUGACGUGGCGGAUGGCAGAACCUAUUUAGAGAAGGCAGGCUUGGGGAUUCUGGGGUGCCCCUCUCCCUGUCCUGUAACAAAAGGGACAGUUGGAAUGCUUGGUUAGCUUGUACCCAUUCCAUCCCAGGUGCCCAUGACUUGAGGGCGCAUGGAGGCCAUGAUGGUGAGGACCACUUCCCCAGAGCUGACUGUGCAUGUGGAGGCUUACAUUGGCCAAGGGGGAACUGAGUAUUAAGGUAGAGAAUGCAAAUUGGUCACUAGAGUGAUUAGAAACAGACGAGCUAGUCUUCUCUGAGAAAUCUCUUUCCUCUCCCUCUGAAGGAGUGUGGCAAGAGUGAGUCAGAAGGCUGUCUUCUUUCUCCCUGGUGGUACAAGCACUAACCCCAGGGACCCUGCAAGGUUAGUGUUCUAGCUCAGGGUUGACAAAACUACAGCUCGUGGGUCAACCCAGCACACCCAACCUGCUUUUGUAAAUAAAGGUUAACUGGAGCACAGUUGCACCCUCUUGUUCACGUGGUGAGCAUGGCUGCUGCCCGCUGGCCCCACAGGGCUAAGGGUCCAGCCCACAUCCCCUCAAAGACAAAAGACUGCUGAGGCUCCUACCGAGUCUCCAGCG